AUGAAUACUGCAGAGGCCAAGGCGCCGGAGACCUCGAAGAAUAAGAUCUCCUUUUCCAUCAAAGGCCGCGCGAGUGCUGCUGCGGCUGAAAAGGCACAGCCAGUUGCCCCCAAGCCCCAGACGACCUCGGAGGGCCCGAAGAAACUGCCCGUCGCCGUGUCACCUCUGGUGCAGAACAGCAUACCCAAGAGCAGGAACUACGAAGGCAAUACUCGGGUGGAUACAGUCGCGCGCAGGCCAUCGCCUCCGCCGGUGAAGGUGGAGAAGGUGAAGAAGAAGCGCAUCAAGGCGCGGCCGGAGUUGAGCGAAGACUUUGCGCAGUCGGAGAGCGUGUACUAUCGGAAGACGGGGAAUGAUUCCGUGGUGGGCAGCGGCACGUAUGGCAAGGUGUACAAAGCCGUGCAUGUGUAUACCGGGUCGCCAGUGGCUUUGAAGAAGAUUCGCAUGGAAGGAGAGAGGGAUGGGUUCCCCGUGACGGCGAUCCGCGAGAUCAAGCUUCUGCAAUCGCUGAAUCACUUGAACGUGGUGGCGUUGCAGGAGGUCAUGGUGGAGGAGAACGACUGCUUCAUGGUGUUUGAGUACCUCUCGCACGAUCUCACCGGCCUCCUCAACCACCCCACCUUCGCCCUCACUUCCGCCCACAAAAAGCACCUCGCAAAACAACUCUUCGAAGGCCUCAACUACCUCCACGACCGCGGCGUGCUCCACCGCGACAUCAAAGCAGCCAACAUCCUCAUCUCCAACACCGGCGAGCUCAAACUCGCCGACUUUGGCCUCGCGCGCUUCUACCAAAAGCACGCCAAGCAAGACUACACCAACCGCGUCAUCACCAUCUGGUACCGCUCGCCCGAGCUCCUCCUCGGCGAAACGCAGUACGGCCCGUCGGUCGACAUCUGGAGCGCGGCGUGCGUGCUGGUCGAAAUCUUCACCCGCCACGCCAUCUUCCCCGGCGACGGCGGCGAGAUCAACCAGCUCGACAAAAUUUACAAUGUCCUCGGCACGCCGUCGCGCUCCGAGUGGCCUGGCGUCGACGAGCUGCAGUGGUUCACGCUGCUGCGGCCGCGCCAGCGCAUCCCGUCGACGUUCGCGGAGAAGUACCAGUCUCGCGUGUCGGCGGAGGCAUUCGAUUUACUCUCGGCUAUGUUCCAGUUUGAUCCUACGAGUCGCCCUACUGCCGCGGACGUGCUGGAGCACCCGUACUUUACUGUCGAGGAGCCGGAGGCGGAGCAGGCGGUGUUGUUGAGUGAGUUGGAGGGCGAUUGGCAUGAGUUUGAGAGUAAGGCGCUGCGGAAGGAGAAGGAGAAGCAGGAGAGAGAUGCGAGGAGGAGGGAGAAGGAGGGUGCUGCUGCUGCCGCUGCAGGGGAGAAGAGGAAGGUGGAGGAGGGGAGUGCGGGUGGUGAGGCGGUGAAGAAGGCCAAGGUUGGAGCUGCGGCUGCGGCUGUGGCGGCUUGA